UCUCGUCACGAAAAGCUUGUGUUACCACUGAGGGAAAGGAGGAAGACUGCAGAGAUGUCCUACUUUUUCUUCUUGUCAGCAGAGACAUGGACCCUGUUGGCGACACUCAUCACACUGUUGAUUGUGUAUUCCUGCUGGACACAUGGGACAUUUAAGAGAUUAGGCGUCCCUGGUCCUUCACCUAUACCUCUUUUUGGCACUAUGUUGGCAUACAGAAAGGGCUUUUUUAUCUUUGACGAAGAGUGCCACAAGAAAUACGGGAAAAUGUGGGGCAUUUUUGAUGGUCGUCAGCCCGUGCUGUGCAUCACUGAUCCUGCCAUGAUAAAAACUAUUCUGAUAAAGGAGUGUUACUCUUUCUUCACCAACCGCAGGAAUUUCCGUCUGAAUGGGCCACUGUACGAUGCUGUGUCCAUUGCAGAGGAUGAUCAGUGGAGGAGGAUCCGCAGUGUCCUUUCUCCCUCCUUCACCUCCGGGAGACUGAAAGAGAUGUUUGACAUUAUGAAGCAGCAUUCAGCUAUCCUGAUCAGUACCAUGAAAAAGAAAGCAGAUAAAGACGAACCUCUGGAGCUGAAGGAGUUCUUCGGACCCUACAGUAUGGAUGUAGUAACCAGCACUGCCUUCAGUGUGGACAUCGACUCACUCAGCAACCCCUCAGACCCUUUUGUCACUAACAUCAAAAAGUUGUUGAAAUUUGACCUUUUCAGCCCCAUCUUUCUCACCAUUGCCUUCUUUCCCUUCAUGGGUCCCAUAUUGGAAAAACUAGAGUUUUCCUUUUUCCCUACAUCUGUGACAAACUUCUUUUACACUGCACUGCAGAAAAUCAAGACUGAUCGUGAGACCAGCAAGCUAAAGACUCGAGUGGACUUCCUCCAACUAAUGAUCGACUCUCAGCAAAACAAUAACUCCAUUGGUGAAUCACAGGAUAAAGGUCUGACUGAUCAUGAGAUUCUUUCCCAAGCGAUGAUUUUCCUCUUUGCUGGCUAUGAAACAACCAGCAGCUCUCUCACUUUCUUGUCUUACAAUUUGGGAACAAACCCUCAGGUGAUGAAAAAGCUGCAGGAGGAGGUGGAUGCAACCUUCCCUAACAAUGCUCCUGUUCAGUACCAGGCACUAAUGCAGAUGGAGUAUCUCGACUGUGUCAUCAAUGAGUCUCUCCGAUUGUACCCCAUUGCUUCACGUUUGGAACGUGUGGCCAAGGCGAGUGUGGAGAUAAAUGGCUUUGUGAUUCCCAAAGAUAUGGUUGUCAUGGUCCCCACCUGGCCACUGCACCGGGACCCCGAGAUUUGGCCUGAACCAGAGAAAUUCAAACCUGAGAGGUUCAGCAAGGAAAACAAGGAGACAAUCAAUCCAUACACAUACAUGCCUUUUGGAGCAGGUCCAAGGAAUUGCAUUGGGAUGCGAUUUGCUCUGAUACUGAUGAAACUUGCAAUAGUGGAGAUCCUCCAGAGGUACAGCUUCUCUGCGUGUAAGGAGACUGAGAUCCCCAUUGAGCUGGACAUCCAGGGCUUUCUACAGCCAAAACGACCAAUAAAACUGAAGCUGGUGCCACGCUCUUAACCUUCCUGCUUUAAGAAGAACAAAGUUUGUUAUUUUAAUUGUGCCAGUUUUUGUACUAAUAGAAGUGUUUAUCUUUAGACAAUAGUAAAUAUAACUGUUUGUUUGCUAUUGUACUAUUGUCUAAAAGAAGACAAUAGUCUGUGGUAACAAAAACAUUACUUUAAAAAUAUUAAUUAUCACUGGUUGAUUUAUUUUCUUGGUGGGUGUAGGUGCAUUUCAUUCCUGUUCUAUAUAUAAGAUAAGAUUUACAUACAUUCUGUAAUAAUGACGUACAUUAAAUGGUGGACCUGCA